AUGGCGGCGGCCCUGGGCGGGAGAAGUGGUGGCGGAGGCAGUAGUGGGGCUGGCGGUGGCUUUGGUGGCGGGACAGGCAACAGCCGCAGCGGCUUGUUGGAUAAGUGGAAGAUUGAUGAUAAACCUGUAAAAAUUGACAAAUGGGAUGGAUCUGCUGUGAAAAACUCUUUAGAUGAUUCUGCCAAAAAGGUACUUCUGGAAAAGUACAAAUAUGUGGAGAAUUUUGGCCUAAUCGAUGGUCGCCUCACCAUCUGUACUAUCUCCUGUUUUUUUGCCAUAGUGGCUUUGAUUUGGGAUUAUAUGCAUCCUUUUCCAGAGUCUAAGCCAGUUUUGGCUUUGUGUGUCAUAUCCUAUUUUGUGAUGAUGGGGAUUCUGACCAUUUAUACCUCAUAUAAGGAGAAGAGCAUCUUUCUUGUGGCUCACAGGAAAGAUCCUACAGGGAUGGAUCCUGAUGAUAUUUGGCAACUGUCUUCCAGUCUCAAAAGGUUUGAUGACAAAUACACCCUGAAGCUGACCUUCAUCAGUGGAAGAACAAAGCAGCAGCGGGAAGCCGAGUUCACCAAGUCCAUUGCUAAGUUUUUUGACCACAGUGGGACACUGGUCAUGGAUGCAUAUGAACCUGAAAUAUCCAGGCUCCAUGACAGUCUUGCUACAGAAAGAAAAACAAAAUAGAUAAUUCUAAGAGCUGCACUCUUUCUGCUGGAUCAUGCUGAAUUACUGGGUGGGUAGGGUGAAGAAAUAGAGAACUUAAAAUGAGUAAAGUAAGAAUUGUUAAAAACAUCCCUGUUUUGUCUUAAAAUUUUAGUUCAUUUUGGAUAAGUAGGAUUUUCUAGCACAGAUAUGAGAAGUUGUAGUUCUGUCUAGCUGUAGCUUCCUUAGUCUGCUGAUUGUGUUGUUUUGAUUUGCUUUUCUGGAAAGGCAUUUUUGCUGGAAGCUAUCUAGAAUUUUUCCUUCAUACCUACCACUAUUUUACAUAGUAUAGCUUUGUGCCAUGCAACAUUUGAAGACUCAGUUUUUAAAAAUUGUUAACCUGUUGUUAACUUUGUGUUAAUUCCUAUUUCAACAGCUGUUUCUCUAAAGAAUUCAGGAUACAACUUGUGUAUGACAGCUUUGUUACCACACCAUUUUUGUGGGUGUGUAUAUGUCUGAUUUGGGGAAAAUUUUUUUAAAAAGCUUUUCAAUUUGUUUAAAAUAAAUUUGUCUGUCACAUUUUGUGCACUUAACCAAUUAAAGAAACCAGUGACGUUUUUAAUUUUGUUUUGUGUAUGUUUUCCACUACUAUAUCCCUGUUGAUUUGUUUGUGCCUUUUAUUAACUACCAUUUUCUAAAAUUUUAUUUCAAUAGAAGGGAAGAAGAUGUGAAAAAAUAAAGUCAUGGUCUUCAUGGAACAGAGCAGAGAGUAUUAACAAUUUUACUAUUACCAUAGGCUUCUUUAGUUUCUAGGCUGCUUCACUAUUCAGAGGCCCUGAGAACCUUAGCUAAGGACCUCGUAAUAACACUCAGGACUUAGUUUCUACCCCAUAAUCUACAUAAAUUAACUCAUUAAUGCUCACAGCAACUCUAAAAGGUAGGUGCUCUGAUUAUACCCACUUUACAAAUGAGGAAGCUGAGACACAAAAGAUGAAUAACCUGUUACAUAGCUAAUGCUAGAAUGAAUUUAAACCUGGGUAGUCUUAACUCCGGAGUCUAUGUUCCUGCAAACAGCACAGCAGCACCUUUUCUAGUAUUUUCCCAGCCUGGUAAGAGAAGAACUAGGCACUUGCCCAGAUCCUGUGACCUAUAGAAAUCUACUGUCUCUCCAGCCCUACAAAAGUGCAAUUCCAGAUGAGCAUUAUCUAAAACUAUUCAGCUUAUAAAAAAAUUACCCUUACCAUUUUCCAGUUGGACUUGGAAGUGUUGCCCUGUCUAGCGUCACUCAGUGGAAGAUUGUCAACCAACACUGGAUUGGCAAUUGAAGCCUUGGAUUUUGUACUGUACCUUCACUCCUGCAAUCCUUGGAUAAAUCAUGGAAUUCUCUGAGCUUUUAGUUUCCUUUUUAAAUUUUUUUUAAGGUGAUAAUUCUAACCCUGUGAACUACUUAAAACUUUUAAAAGUGUGUAAUCAGAUAAUUAUACUUUUACAAUAGAGGAGUUACUGUUAGGCAUGAAUUUCAAGGCUUGUGGAUAUAGACACUGAAUAACCCUCUCCAUUAUGACUGCUUGGAGUUCUUUGAUACCUGCUGUAUCUUUCUCUACAUAUACAAACUUUUUAAAUAAAAAUUCCAAUUUUGUUGCUA